AUAAUAAAGGAAGCCACUGGAAACAUCGUUCUGUUAUUUCAGUUAUUAAUUUGGUGAGAAAAAAGACACUGAUGAUCAGAAUGGAGGCUAUGGAGAAUAACAACAAAACUAAAUCGUGGACCGACGACCUUAAAGUUUGUAAUCAGACAGGAGUGGGCGAGGCGACGAAUCAAAUCUAUAAAGAAGAUGGCAGCAGGUACGAGGGGUAUAAGUCGCGUGACAAAAAGUGCCUUUGCAUAGCGGACAAUACCUUGUCCAUGUAUGCAAUACUUUCCGGUCAUAAUGAAGUCAAAGUGGCGGAGUAUGCCCUGCAAGGCUUGGCUGCCGAUCUACUGCUCGGGCAGCUAAAUUCCUGUCACACUGACGAAGCCGUCAAAGAGUUGAUGCGCCAAUCGUUCAACUCCGUCGAGAAAGGUUACUUGGAUUCAAUCAAUACGCACGUCGCGAGGAAAACCGCUAUCCAAAUGCAAUUGUCGGCGGAUGGUAUGAAUCAAUACGAAAUAUCGCAACAGUUUGAAAACGUGCUGCAGAAACUUGACUGGAUCAACAACGAACUGUCGAUCGGAGCCAGCGCAGUGGUGGGUUUGAUUCAUCGGUCCCAUCUUUACCUAGGAAAUAUAGGUAAUUGUCGGGCGUUGCUCUGCAAGACGGGCGAACACGAUACGCUCACAGUAACGCAGCUGAGUAUCGACCAUAAUUUGCUGAACGCAGAAGAAGCUGCUCGUUUAUUUCGGCUGGGGUUGAUGGCGCAAAACUUUGAAGGUGUUCCUCUGUACAGCACACGGUGUAUCGGCAACUACCUUGGCAAAGCGGGCUACAAAGACUGCAAUUUUCUCUCGAGUGCCGCAACGGAACCAGUAAUAUUUGAACCGGAAAUCGUGGGCGGUAUACAGAUUACGCCGGCUUGUCGGUUUCUUGUGCUGAUGUCGAGUGGGCUUUGCCGAGCGUUGCACGAUAUUUGCACGGGUGACACGUCAACUGGCAAUCGCGAGCUGGUUCGAAUGAUUUCAGAAGAAUUUCACAACCAAUCAACCCUUGCCGGGGUGGCUCAGUCCGUGGUUCAUCGUAUCGUACAGAAGCACCACGACGUUUACAUGCAGCUGGUGGAGGAAAACAAACCCGUAACGUUCAGCAGCCGGGAUGAUGUUACACUGUUGAUAAGAAAUUUUAAUUAUGCGCUCCCGAAGGCAUUUAUGAACCGCAACCGCAGCAUCAACUCGUUCAGCUCAACCAGUUCGGACGCUACACCGACGGAAAGCGAUCAUUGUACAAUCAACUCUAACAUUUCUGUAACAAGCUCCAACAUCACCCAACCCGGCAACCCUUACGACUCGAAUCAGCGAAUUCGAUCACAUGUUGACUUUUCUGAAUUCUACAAACGUGUUGCCGAAGCCAAGGCGCUUGGUCAGCUACCAGGAAACAUCGAAUUCGACUAAUGCUUUCAAUUGCCCCGCAUUUUUGGUUCAUAUUCUGGAGCUGUUCGUGUGUAGUAUUGCGAUUGCUGUGAAGUAUAUCUAACGACAAUAAGGGUGUGAUAAACAAUGUGAAGCGAAAUCUAGCUUUAACAACUUUUAACAGUGAAGAUGAAUUGACAAACAAAUCCACUAGCCCGU